AUGGAGGCUUGUCAGGAGAGCGUCCCCGUGCCCACUGGUCCCCCGGCGCCGCCAGCCGAGGGUCCCCACAUCGACCUGACGGAGGACCUGGCCCAGCAGCUGGAGGACAUCAUCAGCACCUACCAGGCCGCUGAGAUUCCCGCAGAGCCAGAGGACACAGAGGAGGUCACAGCCAUCAAGGAGACAGACUCGCGGAAGGACCAGAAACUGGAGAAGAAGAUGCUCAAGAAUCUAGGGAAGGAAGCGAUGCUGCUGAUGCAAAGUUUGAACAAACUGGGUUCUCCAGAUCAGAAACUGGAGGCCAUCAUCAAGAAGCACGCCGAGCUGUUGGAGGAGCAUCGCAGUGAUCAGAAACAGCUGAAGGUUCUGCAGAAGAAGCUGCUCCAGGUGUUGAAGGAGAAGGACCAACUACAGAGCGAACACAGCCGGGCCGUGCUGGCUCGCAGCAAACUGGAGGGGCUCUGCCGAGAGCUGCAGCGGCACAACAAGACCUUGAAGGAGGAGACCCUGCAGAGGUGCAGAGAGGACGAUCUGAAGAGGAAAGAGAUCACCACCCACUUCCAGGGGACGCUCAGCGACAUUCAGGCCCAGAUCGAGGAACACAGCGGCCGCAACACCAAGCUGUGCCAGGAGAACAGCGGCCUGGCAGAGAAGCUGAAGGGGCUCAUUUCCCAGUACGACCAGCGAGAGGCGAACCUGGAGAAGGUCUUCAAACACCGAGACCUGAAAGAAAAGCUGCUGGACACCAAACUCACGCACGCGAACUUGAUACUGAAGGAGACCGAGGACAAGCACAAGCUGGAAAAGGAGCUUCUGGUGAAACAGCUGGCAGAGUAUAAAUCGCAUUUGAAGUCGAUGAAGGCGCAAGAGAACGAUAUGAAGAUCCAGCUCGAAAUGUACUCCGAGAAGUUUGAUGAAUUCCAGGGCACGGUAUCAAAGAGUAACACCGUCUACAGCGGCUUCAAGCAGGACAUGGACAAAAUGGCCAAGAAAAUGAAAAAGCUGGACAAGGAGAACCAGUCAUGGAAGACUCGCUUUGACAGCUGCAACAGGAGUCUCGUCGAAAUGGUGUCAGAUAAAGCCAUCAAGGAGAAGGAGUUUGAUUUGAUCAUGAACAAGAACCAGAAGCUGGAGAAUCUGUGCAGGGCUUUGCAAGGGGAGAGGAAGGGUCUUUAUGAGAAGGUGCAGGGAGCUGCAGGUCCAGCAGACGUCAACACUGCUGAACCCACGGCAAAGGAGGUGGUCCCUGAGGUGAAGGAGGUGAAGGAGACCCCUAAAGACGAUCACCCAGUCCAGAACACAGAGGCACCCGCCACCGCUGCCCCUACUGGGACCCCGACAAUCCCAACUCUGAAGACCAUGGAACUGGAGAAACUGAAAGCCGAGCAGAGCCGUCUGAAGGAGGUCGCCAGUUCUUUUACGAUCUCUCACAUCAUACCCACAGAAACAGUCGCUAGCCAAUCACAAGGACACUGCGAGGGCGUCCAGGAGCCAGAACAGAGCCGCGGAGACGAGAGCGGCGGCGAACAACUCCAGGCCGGCGAGCGGGACGGAGAGCAGCAACAGAGAGAUUUGGAAAUGGAGUCAGUUGAUUAA